UCGUCGCCAGCCGACCUCUACUAUCGGCGCGUGUCGGAGCGCGAAGUCGAGUCGACGCCCCGACUGGAUGUGCUUUGCGCGUUAUUCGACGAGGAGCUUAUCCAGCGGGCAGCACGAAUCCGGACACCACAGUCGGAGCCCGAACGGCCCAAGGGUCUAUCGCCCAAGCGCUGUCACUCUUCGAAGCGCAAAAACAAAAAAUGCACCCAAAAAUCUGAUAAACACUCUUCGUCUUCGUCGGAAGCAUCAGACACAUCGGGAUCGUCGGACGAGAACGAGUGCAACAUGGCUGCGCUGGAAGCGAAGAUCAAGCACCCGCAGCGCCUGCACGCCGACUUGUGGCAUAACGAGCCCGGUGAGAUGAACGAUGGACCACUGUGCCGCUGUUCGGCAUGUUUACAGCGAACCGGAAUCCUGCAUGGAAAGUACCCGGGUGAGGCAGGGUUUUCGCAGUGCGCGCAACAAUCAAAUAACGCGAGCAAACUGCACCACUACCGCAUUACGAUCUCACCACCGACCAACUUUCUCACCAAAACACCCACGAUCAUCAAGCAUGACCAGCACGAGUUCCUGUUCGAAGGGUUUUCGCUGCUGGCGCACGAGCCCAUCGGCGAGCUGCCUACCUGUAAGGUGAUUCGUUUCAACAUCGAGUACACCAUCCUCUACCUAGAAGAACCGAUGCCGGAGAACUUUACUAUUCGCGAGCUCGAUCUGUUCGAGCGGUUUCUGUUCCGUGAGCUCCUCGAGCUGGUCGAUUUUAGUGUGCAGCCGUCUGGGCCGAAAGUCGCGGAUAGCUCCUGCCCUUGUUAUCACUUUUUGCCGCGCUUCGUGCGCGAUCUGCCCGACAACGGCAAGGAAGUGCUGGCAAUGGCUCAGGUGCUAGGAUACUUGCUCGACAACUCUGGCCCACUGGUCCAGCCGGAAUUGCUCGGUGAGAUGAUGACGAUGGGGCAGGGCGAAUGGCAAGACUAUGUUGACUGCCUGAAGGGCAUGGUGGUGACGAACCCGGGCAUGAAACCGUGCUCCGUCCGCGUGGACCAGCUCGAUCGUAACAUCAGCGAUGUGCCGGAGGCAGCAAUCGCUCUCGACGCUAAUGGGUUUGUGCACCCGGUGAUCGUCCACUUCGGAAUACGCCCGUUUGAUGACAAACGUAAGUUGGAGGAGAAUGAAAACCGGAAGCGUUACAGUACGAUCGUGGUGAGCGCUCGCUCCUUUCACCGGACGGGUAUCAUGUGCGAUAUGGUGCAGCAUGCAAUGCUGAUACCGGUGCUAACCGGCCACCUGCGCUUCCACCGAGCGCUCGAUGUGCUGGAACGGGUCAUCGAUUACAAGUUUACGAACCGUUAUACGCUCCAGCUCGCCCUUACGCACCCGUCGUACAAGGAUAAUUUUGGCACCAACCCGGACCACGCGCGUAACAGCCUUACGAACUGCGGUAUCCGCCAGCCGGAGUAUGGUAACCGUAACAUCCACUAUAUGAACACUCGCAAGCGCGGCAUCAACACACUGAUCAGCAUAAUGUCGCGUUUCCGCAAGGAGUGUAAAACCGAUAGCAACAUUACCCAUAACGAACGGCUUGCGUUUCUUGGCGACGCGGUGGUCGGCUUCAUUACCUCGAUCCAUCUGUUUCACUUGUUUCCCACUCGGGCAGAAGGUGGACUGGCGACCGACCGUGCAGCGCUUGUACAGAAACAGCAUCUGGCGGUAUUGGCCAAGAAGCUCCAAUUGGAGGAGUUUAUGUUGCACGGGCAUGGGUCCAACUUGCGCAAGAAGCUCCAGCUAGACCAUGCGCUUGCCAACUGCUUCGAGGCGCUGAUGGGUGCUCUGUUGCUCGACGGUGGCAUUGAAGUGGCUGACCGUGUAUUCGCUUACGCCCUGUACGGAAAAAACAAACCGAUCCUGCACCGCGUCUGGGUAAACUAUCCUCCCCAUCCGCUGCAGGAGCAGGAACCGGAUGGCGACCGGCAUCACAUUAAGUCGUUUGAGAUGCUUAAAAUGCUGACGCGCUUCGAAAAGUCCAUUGGCGUGAAAUUCAAACACAUCCGGCUGCUGGCGCGCGCUUUCACCGAUGAGUCCAUGGGAUUCACCAAUCUGACGCUUGGCUCGAACCAGCGGCUUGAGUUUUUCGGCGACACGGUUCUGCAGCUGAUAUGCUCCGAGUAUCUUUACCGACACUAUCCCGAGUAUCGCCAGACCCCCUUGUCGAAGCUGCGAAGCUGUCUGGUUAAAAAUCGCACGCUAGCUAUCGUGUGCGACGACUUGGGCUUGACGCAGUACGCGGCAUAUUCGCCCAGGAAGGUGGAAGCUGGACUCAAAACAAAGGAUCGGGCGGAUCUGUUCGAGGCGUUCCUGGGAGCGAUGUACAUUGACCGCGGGCUGAAGGACUGCGAAGUAGUCUGUCAGGUGUAUCUGUUCUCGCGGCUGCAGGACUUUCUUGGGAACGAAGACUGGAGCAAGAACCCGAAGGAUGAGUUGCAACAGUGCUGCCUCAAGCUGCGCACGAUGAAGGGAGGCAAUGCGGACUUACCGGUGUACGAGUUAAUCGAGAGUACCGUAACAAACAGAAUAUCCGUCCAUUCGGUGGCGGUAUCUUUUCGCGGCACGCGGCUGGCUUGCGGAGCUGGUUCUAGCAUUAAAAAUGCACAAAAGAAAGCCGCGCAAGAGGCGCUUGACAAUUGGAAGAAUCUGUUGCCGCAGUUAAAUGUGCCUCAAUCAAGCCGUUCGACAG